AUGGCUGGAGGUGAGGCCGGGGAGGUAGCCGGGUUACUCAGGAAACAUUUGGCAUAGGUGAGGUGACCGCGACACACACACCAAGACCAUGAUGCAUCGUAUCCAGGCCAACAAUAUUGAUAUUGCGUCUUUCUCUCUUUCGUGGCUGCAGAUCUACCAGUGUGGGAGCCUUCUGGAUCGACUCAUAGAACAAGAUCGCAAGCUGAGCGCCCCAUCGGUACACACAUACACACAUCGCUGCCAUUGACAUACUACGUGACAUUUUCCUUGUCGUUUCUGCGUUCAUGCAGGCGCACGAUGAUGGCAGUGCUUCUACGACCUUCAGUGGGCGCCUUCGUCGUGCGGCUGAUGACGUCAAGGCUUCACACGCGUCGCUGUUGGAGCUGACGAACGACAUGCUGUCCAGUGCUCAGCAGGUAUGUGUCUGACCAAAACAAGACAGCUGACACGUCCCUUGUCCACGAGUGUGUGCAUGUGUGUGGUGUGCCAGGAUGGCCGAGCACCGUCGUACCGGCUCGUCAACCUCAGCGGCAGACAGCCACCCUCCGAGCCACCGGUGCGCACACACCACUGCACACAGAACUCCAUGCAGCGAAUCCCACAUCUUCACCUGCCCCUUCCCUGCAUGUGUGUGGGUAUCUGUGCAGGCGGCAGAUCGUGUGUACGGCAACGUGGACGCCAGCGGCCACCUGCUGACCAUGCACUCGUUCUGGCAGCUCGCCAAGGCCGCCGCCCCCCAAUACGACCGCAUAGUAUUCGACUUCAGAUGCCGCGACGAGUGGGAGGCGGUGCCCCCCGCCGCCGCAUACGAGAUCGGCAAGUGUGCCAUCAACCUCAAGAUCGUGGUGGUGCGGCACCCCUCCCACUCCCCUCACUGGUGGAUGGUCGGCUGGUCGGCGUUCAUCGAGGGGCACUCGCGCGGCGUGGAGGAGAGGAGGAGGACCGGGCAGGGUGGGGGGAUCGAGGAACUCAUCUUCGUCCGCAUCGAGGUCCAGGGCGCCCCCCUUCCCCGAACGGCCCCCCACACACCUCCUUCGCCCAUCACCCUCCUCCCAUCCUUCACCCUACUAGCACUCAAGUCCAUCAAGGGUGCCGCGGAGGACCACUGUCACCUGUUCGACAGCCGGCGGUGGCGCAUGCCGGCUCUCGAGCACUUCAGGGGGGCUGAGGGGUCGUUUGGGGCGUUCUGCGGCACGUCCGAUCGCCUGCAGUCCUUAGAUGUUGGCGGCACUCGUGUUGGCGACGUAGCUGGUGUGAUCGAGGGAUUCCCCGGCGAGGGGUCGUCCAAGCUCGAGCGUCUGCAGCACAUCCGUGGCCUCGGUUUGGCGGGCGGGGAUGCGGAUGCAGAAAACAUCGACAGACUUCGGGUGAGGCGCAAAGAGCACAAAGAGAGAUACCCGAGACAUCAUGUCGGUGUCUGUGUCUUACCGCUGUCUUUGUAGGACGCGCUCAAGUCGCGGGGCUGCUUGAAGCUGCAGCACCUUGGCUUCAUUUGCUUAUGGGUCCCACCGGUCACCCUGCCCACCCUCCGGGCCAUCGAAGGAUUCCUCCCUGCCGCAGUCCCCCCAUUCGGCCUUCCCGUGGCCGGGCUGUCGGUCAGCUUUGCGACCGAAGGCGUCCUCAGCUUCGACAUGUCGCUGCUUCAUCGCAUCCCCGCCCCCUCCCUCCUGAUGAAGGCCAUGCUGCGGCAGCUCGCCUCAAUCGCCACACACGUCGAGUGGGCGCCGGACGUGAGCUUCAUGGAGCACCCGACCAGCCUCUCAUGCGAGAAGGCAUUCAUGGAGAGCAUCCGAUUCGACAGGGCCUUUCAGCUGACCAUCCACCAGAGCAGCCCCACCCUCCCUGCCGGCCACCCGUCCACCCCUGACCCACACGCACCCCCAUCACAUGUGUGGGCGGUCAUCGACCAUAUCGCCCCAUCGGCAUUUCCGAAUGCACUCAGCGAGCUGAGUGUGGGCGGUCCGUUCGGCUGUGCGGCGGCCGCCCGGCUGCUGACGGCGGCCAAGGUCCGCGUGGCGGCAGAGUCUCGUGUGUUGGCGGAUGACGUGGAGGGGUCGGAGGCCCUGCAAAUGAUGAAGUCGAUGGGCAGCGGGACAGUGCUCGGAAUGGUGCAGAUAGCGGGCGUGGCGGGGGGGAAUGUGGGCGGGCUGGAUGAGUGGGCGAGGGCGAGCGCUCAGGACCAGCUGCCCAGCACCGAUUCCCUUGACAUCACCCUUCACGACCGUAGCCGAACGAGACAGAUGUGACCAGUCUAUCCGGAAAUGAAUUAGAAUGUCUCUGUCUCCCUUUGUGUGUAUCUUACUCAAGAGUUAGCCGAGGCCAUUGCGUGGGAGCAGUUGGACACGAUGCUGCAGCAGUUUGUGCGGUCGACGAACAAAGUGGUCAUCAUGGUCCUGAUGCGAGACAGGAAGGAGCUCGUGGCCGCCAUCAACAAGGUCACAGCCACGACUCUGGCUGACGGUGAUCGGACGAGCAUCGCCAUUGACCCGGUCCACACACUCCGUAUUUCACGCCGCCGGACGUAAGCAAGGAGGAAGGCGAGCCGCAUGUGUACAUGGAUGUGUUUGGGUGUCUGUCUGUCUGUCAUGGCCUCAGGUAGCUGCUGCUGUUGGCGCACACAAGAGUGCACCUGUCUAUUCAUCGAUGUGUGUGGGUGGGUGUGGGUACGUACGAGAAAGACUCAGCUAGGGGUAGAGUGCGUGUGUAGAUUUGUCCAAUGGAUGUGUGUGAAUGUGUGUGGUGCGUGCGGACAGCGCGAAAUUCAACCCUUCAGACGUGGCG